CAGCGUAUCUUUUUGUAGGAAUCGUGUCUUCGCAUGAGAGAGAGAGAGAGAGAGAGAGAGAGAGAGAGAGAGAGAGAGAGAGAGAGAGAGAGUGUGUGUGUGUGUAUAUGUGUAUGUCUUGAAUCUAAUUUGAUCAAAUUACGACAAAUAAAUCUCAAAUCUUUCAGUUGUUACAGAGAGAGGAUUGCAUAAAAGAUGAGAUUCACAUUUGUGCUUAGUCUUUUACUGUUCUCUGGACUCGUUUUAGGAACAGAAUAUUAUUUGGAUACGUAUGAUAAUAUAGAUGUGGAUGCAAUUAUUAGUAGCGAUCGUCUUUUAAAUCAAUAUGUGAAUUGUAUUCUCGAUAAAGGUCCCUGCACUGCUGAUGGACGCAGUCUUAAAUUAAUCAUUCCGGAGGCGAUAGCUACAAAAUGCGAACAAUGCAGUGACAAACAGAAACAGAUGGCAAGAAAAGUAUGCAAGCAUUUGAAAGAACAUAGACCAAACAUUUGGACAGAGUUUCUCGAAAGAUAUGAUCCUGACAAAGAGUACAUUGCAGCUUACGAACAAUUUUUGGUACAAGAAGCUAAGACGGAAAAUUAAUUUUUACUUCGUUAAUUUGUUAUAUGUAUGUAAUGUAUAAAUAAUUUGCUGUUUUUGGAUAGAUUUAUAUUGUAUGUCGCAUACCUAUACAAAUAAAACGCUACUAGUAAAUACAAUAUACAAUAAAUGUC